UUAAAAAUUUGCAUACAAAAUAGCUUUUCACUAUGUAAUUAUAUAUUGAGUUGGAACAAAAGUUCGUAAGAUUUUUAAGUGAAAAUGUUCAGAUAUUUAGAAUUUGUACAUAGAUUUAUUCAAUCGCAUAUGUGCCGCUACGAAUUUUUCAAUUCAAUUUUUUAAUUAACAAACUUCUUUAAAAUAUUUCAACUAUACUACUUAGACAAGAAAAUAUCGUGAUAACAGUGAACACAAAAUUGUAAAUUAUAGGGUUUUGAAUGCAAUGAGUUUAGACCCAACCUGUGGCAGGUUAAUGACAUCACAUGCUCUAUUUUAAGUUCUAAUUGGAUGGUUCUAGAAUAUGACGUCAUUAAUCCGACACAGAUUGGGAUAAAACCCUACUCGAAAACUUUAUUAGAAUACCUUUGAGAGAUUAUUUAUGUGUGGAACGUAUAUAAAUUCGAAAGAGCACCCAAUAUGUCGAGUAUAUUGAUAUUUCGCGAAGCAAAGUAAUAAUAAAGUGUGGAGUUUAUAAAGCAAUUAUUAAUUAUUUGAAUAUUACGUGCGAAGCGGCAAAUAUUUUAAUUAGGCGAGUAGAGUAACACGGUAUUUUUAUGAAAAAGAAAAGGACGAUAGAAAGGAAAAAGUAAUGAAUAUUACGUCAAAAGACAUUGCGCGAAUAAGAAAAAAAGAGCAUACAUAUAAAACGUAUAUAUGUGGGAGAAAAUUCUCAUGUCAUUUUUGUAAUAUUUCAGCAAUAUCACAGAGAUUAGAAAUAUUGCGCGGGACCCUCGAUUUGAUAUUGGGCGACCUUAGACCUAAGUUGGCGACAUUUGGAAUCGGCGCGGCACGUCGCGCGCCCUCCCGGUGGUGUCCGUAAAUCGGUAGGUGAGCGAGAGAGUAGGCGACUGAGACGACGACGGUCAUCAGGCGCGCGUGCGCGCGGGUCAUCGUAUGCGCGAUUUCGCCUGCGGACGAACCGAAAUAAAUCGAACGACGCUAAGUCGUAGCAGCAGCAGCAGCGGUACGGCGUUCGCUGGACGUGCGCGUUUCACGUUAGUGAUGAUCAAAACGGACCGUUGUCGUCACGGUGGUCGCUCGUGGCACAGCACGCAGACGAAACAGCCGUGAUCCGUGAUCCGUCGCUGUGCUCCGUGUUACGAGUCGCGAGGCAGAGGGAAGACCGCCGAGAAGAACCCGCGUCGUCGUCGUCGUCGUCGUCGUCGUCGUCGUCGCCGUCGCCGUCGCCGUCGUCGUCGUCGUCGUCGUCGUCGCCGUCGCCGUCGCCGUCGCCGUCGCAGCGCUCCGCCGCCGCCGCUGCAGCGGUCACGGAUGCAUAUGGAGGUGUCCCCGAACCGGCGCUGUCUGAACCAGCUCAACAGCUGAUCGGAGCACGAAGCGGCGGUGAACGGGGCUACUAUCGCACCACCACCCCGCGUUUCGGAGAAAUUCAGUCUCGUGUCGUCUAGAUAAAAAAAAAAAAUAAUAAAAAGUAAUAAUAAUAAUAAACCGAUAAAUCUCUUGGCGAAGAAAGAGAUCUGUAUCUUUACACCUGGCAAGAGGAUAGGAGGAUAGCAAGCAAGGGCGAAGUGUGUUCUCGCCCGCUUGGACACGCCAUCAUGGUGAAAACUUUUCAAGCGUACCUACCUUCCUGUCACCGCACUUACUCGUGCAUUCACUGCCGUGCUCAUCUCGCCAAUCACGACGAACUCAUCUCUAAGUCCUUCCAGGGCAGUCAAGGUCGUGCCUAUCUCUUUAAUUCUGUGGUGAACGUAGGUUGCGGUCCCGCGGAGGAGCGAGUUCUGUUAACUGGGCUGCACGCUGUCGCUGAUAUCUAUUGCGAAUGCUGCAAAACCACCUUAGGGUGGAAAUAUGAGCAUGCAUUCGAAUCGAGUCAGAAAUAUAAGGAGGGCAAAUUUAUAAUCGAACUUGCCCACAUGAUCAAGGAGAAUGGAUGGGAAUGAAAAGCAGUGGGGAAUAGAAUAGUUCCCCGUGCCUCUCAUCAAACUUUUCCUGAUAAUGCCUACAACGUUGUUCUAAUUGCAAUGUACGGCCCCUCUCUAUUCGAACCACCAACGAAAGUCUGUGAUUUCAUUUGUGAUUUAUAAUCUUAGUAAUCUUCGUUUCGGACAAUUCAAACACAGCAUCGGUUUGCUUCUGAUCAAAUCGAGCAAGCGAAGGUAUUGCGGCGAUCUGUAUUCGUCGGUGGAAACAUCACCAAGUAUUGUAAAGAAAUUAUUUUUCAAUGAAAGAAAAAAGUAGAGUAAGAUGACGAUGUCAAGUAACGGUGGAACAUGACGAUGAAGGUGCCAUGGUGGAAAUAAAAAAGCAAGAUUGCUCGGUACGAGCAGUGGGGUGCCCCCCCUCCCUAAUUUUGAUUCAUUAUCUCUGUAGACAUUACGUGCAGUCGUGUGUCGACACUGAAUGUUAAAAAUUAAACGUGCGGGGCACCCCGACAAUCAGUUUUAUCUGUUUUACGCACCGGAACAGCGCAAGUGCCACAGACUUUGCCGGACUGAUUGCCUGCCUGCCGCGUCUGUCAUUGGAAUUUCACUGCCGAUAUUCCUAAUAUUAAUUAAGAAUGCUACGUCGUGUUUAGACGGCGUAGUAGUAGUCCUAGUUUAGCAUACAUUAUAGAGUACUAAAGCCUAUAUUAUAUUAUUAUAGGACUUUGUGGAUAUAGAAGAUAGGAAUGAAUAAGAGUAAUGAAAGCAAGAAGAGCAGAAGAAAGAAUGAGAUCAUUAACUGAAUAUGCGUGCGUGUGUAUAUAUGUGUGUGUAUGUGUGCAUGUGUGGGGGGGGGAGGGGGGAAGGAAGGGGGAGGAGAUAAAGAGGGGAAAAGAGGGAAAAAUGUAAAUGGGAAAAGUCUGGUUAAGUGUCACGUGUACAUGUUUGGUUUUAUGUUCAUCAUGCCUGCCAAACUGUCUGUUUAUCUGCCACUUGCCACUGUUAUUACAGUAGUAUCACGUUGUAAUAUGUUAACGUUUUCAUCGGCUGAGUAGGAUAUGAUGUGAUUAAAGUUUUUGUUGUCAAAUCUUGAAACUGCGCCUUCCUAUGCACGCAAUAUAUCUGAAAUAUAAAAAAGGGUGAUUGUGCUUGUUUUCUUGAAUAUCUCGAUCUCGUUCAUAAAUAUUUUAUAAGAUCCAACUGUAUUUACGGAUUGUUAGUAAUGACAGUCGCGAUCGUAUAAAAAAAUAAUUUCAUUGAAGAUUAAAUUUUAUCAUCAAACUUUUGAUUACACAAGCAAUCAAAUAUCCAUAAUAAAGUUGUCGCUUCUUAUACUA